AUGUUUGCUAAUCUUCGCAAGAUCAACUUGAAGCUGAACCCAGAGAAGUGUGUGUUUGGCAUUCCUUCCGGGAAGCUACUUGGCUUCUUUGUGUCCCACCGGUGGAUAAAGGCCAACCCCAACAAGAUCAAGGCUAUCGAGCAGAUUCAAGCACCCAAGACAGUUAAGGACAUAAGGCGUUUGAGUGGAUGCAUUGCCGCGCUCCGCAGUGCAACACUAGUGGCGCAGCGGGAAGUUGAAGAAGCAUCAGCCACAUCCAUUGUCCCCUCCGGAGAGGAAAGUGAGCACACCCCGGAAAGGUCAGAUGCAGAUCAAGACACAGAAGAGCAAAGCAUCGGAGGUAGCCCCAAGGUUGCGGCGAAGAAGAAGGUGGUGCAGCGCCAAGUGCACUUCGUCAGCUCCCUAUUGUAG